AGGUAGAACUAUUCAUAUAAUCAGAAUGACACUGUCAUCAUCACAUUAAAGAAAAUAUGUGCAAGAAAACGAUACAACAUAACCUACCAAAUCUGAGAAGACAUCCAGUGGAAUGAUGCCUGUCAGCAAUCAUCACGUACAAGAGGUAGAGCUAGAAGACUAGAUCCUGAAUUUCUGCGGCUAACCCAAGACCACCAUGGAUCCAAAGAUUUCGAUAGGAGAGAAGAAUGGCAAGGACAAGGUAGCAGAUGUGCCCGACAUAGCAGAAAUACGGAUUGACGUACCAGACACGACAACCUACAGUAAGACAGAAUCCAGUAAACAGGAAUCUAAGCCCCAAAGUGCCACCAAAAACAAUGACCUAAAGAAACAGGAAAGCAAACGCAAUGCCAUGCUUACCAAGAAGAACUCCUUUGAUCGCUCCUUUGACAGCGACAAAGGGAAGGAUGGGAAUGGGAGGGGACGGUUGCGCAAAGAGCGCUCGUUUGAAUCGAUGAAAAAGGACUCGCCGGGAGGGCGGAAUUCCGAGGGCCAGAACAAGAAACAUGACUGUUCGGGAAAGUCGGGCGGGGGACGCAACCCCAAGUUGGGAAGGCGUAUGGGUUCGGAAGAAGGGGCCAAGUCAGAAGGGGAGGGGAAUUCCAGGUUGAGGAGACAAACGUCGCAAGAGGAGGCAGAUUCAUCGUCAAGACGGAGAGCCAAUGCAAAGAAGUUUCUGUUAAGAAGCCAGCCUGUUUCAGAUGAUAUGUCGCCACCAUCUACUCCUGAACUCAACUUUGGUGAGGAUGAUAAGAGGAUACGAAGGCUUCCUCACCAGCUGAGUGGUGAGACACCGUCAAACCGAGUCCACAAGCAGGCCAGUCUAGAGGCUCGCAGUGAGCCAGCUCUCUCAAGAGAACCUAGUCAAGAGAGAGAAAUCUACACAGAUUCCAGUGGAGUUGACCUGCACCAGUUCAUCGUUGAUACUCUACAAAAGGCCAAUGACCGAACCAUGCUACUCAAACUUGAGAAUGAGCUCACCAGAUUCAUACAGUCUGAUGAGCACAUGCUCAAGUUCCCACCAAUGACGUCCUAUCAUCGGAUGAUUGUCCACAGAGUGGCCGCCUACUUUGGACUAGAUCACAAUGUGGAUCAAUCAGGGAAAGCUGUGGUCGUCAACAAGACACCAAACACAAGAAUACCUGAGCAGAAGUUCCGGGAACACAUCAAAGAAGAGCCUUUAGAAAGCACAGCAAAGAAGAUCCUUAAGAGAGAUACCACUAGCUUUGAUGACAAGGAUGAUGAGGGCCGAGAUAAGGGCGAAUUAAAAGACGAUAAAAGGAGCAAGUCUUUUGAAGAGAGGCAUGAGGAAUAUGAGAAAGCAAGAGCCAGAAUUUUUAACCAAGAAGUGACUACGCCGGAAGGUUUAACAGUAGAGCCACCCAUCAAUCGACCAAAGAGCAUCCUGCAGGCCACCAGCAGGCAGAACAGUGGCACUUCUGAUGAUUCCUCAUCGUCCCAUUGGCAGAAGGAUCGUCCUUGGAGUAGCGUGGACUCCAGCGGCUCGGAACGGCCUUCCAUCCCUGCCGUCACCAAGGCAAGCAGCUUCGCUGGAAGUCUCUCCCAGAAGGUUCUCCUGAGGACGGACAGCAGCGCCAGUAGUCGAUCCAGCAGCAGUUUGGGCAGCAGAGGCAGUCUUGGGAAGCUCCAUCCAAUGGAUUCUGUUGAUCGUGGAGCAAGUAGCCCACAUGGUCAGGUCCGUGGGUUCCCUACGGGCUUCCCUUACCAGCCCACCCUCGGUCCCAUCAGCCAGGCACCACCAGUCCCCUCUCAGCUACCCCAGCAGCCUACAUCACCUUACUCCUCCCAACCCUCCCUCCAGCAAGGCCCUCAGGUCACCUGGACAAGUUCAUUCCCCAUGUCUGCCGGGGGUCAUGCCUUACAGUCACAGCCUCAGCUACACCCUCUGGCAGCUCAACAGCAGCAGCAGCAACAGCAACAGCAGCAGCAACAUCAAGGGCAGGCCGGUCAACCCCACACCCAUACCGGAGUGCCGCUCAUUGUACAGCAAGGAGCCAUACCGCAGCAUGCCGGGCCAGGGAUCGGACAGCCGGUGCUCUUUGCAACUUCCAAUAUUGAAAAUGUACCCCCUGGGAGCUUCAUCAUCAAUCCACAAACUGGUUCUCCAUUCCUGAAUCAAGAUGGCACGCCCAUGGUAGUCCAAGCCCCCGCCCACGCUCACGCUCAACCCCCAUCGUCUAAUCAGCUGCAGGCUAAUGCAUCAGGCCACUCCCUUCCUACCCAGACUGGCCCGCAGCUAGCAGCCAGCCAGGGAAGCUUAGUUCAACAUAGCCAGCCUAUGGUUUCCUCCUCCACCCAUCCCGCCCUACUGGGCUAUGGCCACUCUGUAGUCGGAGCCGGCGGGGUGGGGGGUUUCGGACACACCCCCAGCCAGGGGGGUAUUCACCCAUCCUCCUACCAGGCACAUCAGCACCAUACCCAGCAGCAGACCGCAGCAAUGGUCCCACACCAGCACUCUGGGGAGUUUGCUGACAUGAGCAGUCAGAUGCAGGGUCUUACCCUAUCAAGGCAGAUAUCGGGAGGCGAUUCAGAACCGGUACCAAGUGGAAGCCAGCAUGUACCUCUAGCAAUCCAACAGCAACAGCCGGGUGCAAUACCACAGUCCUCUCAGCAACAUCCUGGACCACACCCACAACAUCAGCAGCAACAACAGCAGCAACCCCAACCGCCCAUCCUCCAGAUACAGCCCCAACAAGGUUUGAACCAACCGUUUAUGAUCAGGCAGGUUGGAGGACCAGGAGGGGGAGGAGGAGGUGGUGGUGUUGGUGGUGGAGGGGCAGGGGGAGGAGGAGCAGGGGGUAUUCCUACAUCACCACAAGGCAUUCAUCCACAUUCUUCAUCAUCUCAACAACCCCCUUCGCACCACCAAGGGCCGCAGCCUCAAGGCAUCGGACAACAACAAGGCAUUCCGCAAUCACACCAACAGGUUUUAUAUAGUGGUCAGCCCCAACAAGCUGCAGCAUACAGAGCCUCCUCAGCUUCCCAGCUUUACAACCCCCAAGCCGUCCAAGGUAUGCCCCCGUCCCAAGCCCAUGGUCAGCAUCCAGUUUCUAGCAGCCAACCACCCCAGCUUGUCCAGCCCACGGGGGGUAUCAUGUACCCCUCCAACCAGCAAGGCGGUGCUACUACACCCCAGGGGUUCUACACAGCGCAAGGCUACCCUGGCAUGGGGAUGAUGUCCCCUCAACAACCGCCCGGCCAGCAGCCAGGACAGCCCCAAAUCGUUUACCAGUCACCUAUGGACCAGCCCUCUAGCUCUUCCCACCAGGGUGUACCAGUACUCUAUCAGUCUCAGAUGCACCAGGGUGGGGGUGCCCCUCCUCAUUAUGGCCCCACCCUGCCUAGCCCAGGGGAUGUGCCAAGGUCUACCUCACCGAGCUCCCAGCAAAUCCAUCAUGGCUUGCCCAUGACGGUUGUUGUUGGCCAGCAGCAGCAGCAACAACAACAGCAACAAAUGUUGGGUCAAGGGCCUGGUAUGCUAGGUAACCAACGUCCCCAAUCCCCACAGAUCAUUGGCCCUGGUGUGUCAUAUCCCCAGUCUGUGCCUUCUACUGGUCCAGGAAACACAGGUGCUGGUGGUCCAGGCCUUCUAUCGCAGAUGGGAUACAACCCAUUACAGCAGAGGAGAGGACUUAGUCUAGAACAGCACGGUGUCAGGUCAAGGGAUUUAUAUGCACCAGGUAUUGGUGUUGGUAUGCUACCUCAAGGAAUACAUAGCCCUGGAACAUCACCGUCACAGAGUCCUGGACCUCCUCUACCAAGACCUGGCAUUCAAGACAAAGGUAUCAGGCCUUCAAAAUCAUCCAAGCAAUCCAAAGCUCCCAGGAGACAACGUAAAGUGCAACAAGGAGAUAGUUUAAUGGUCUCAGAGAGUCUAGAAUCACAUGGUCCAUCUGAGAUAUUAGAAGUAUGUACAUUGUCAGGUGAUACCACAUGCGGAGCCCUAUUGGCCAGCCUAGAUGACCUUUUACGAGUAGGAGCAGACCUCCGCUGGCUGCCCAACAAUACUCCAGCCUCCCAGGCUCUGCAGUCUCACCAAGUAGACUCUGCCGACAGAUGCUCAAACUACGUGGUACUAGCUAUAUUCCCAGUCCCCGAAGCCGCGCAGAGCGCCCUCAGUCGACCUCUCCACCCCAUUUACGUUCUUCGGCCGCCUGAACGAGACCACUCGAUGCGGUUAUCGCUUGCCUCUUCACCGUCAUCGUCGUCGUCAUCGCUGCCACCUAUAUCAUAACCUCACUGUACCCUGCAUGCCUAGGACAUUUGUAUACACACUUAGAAGUCUUUGUCAGUGAAUUUCUUGUCUUAAAUCAUCUGUUUUCAUUGUUCGUUAUGUCCCUUUUUCAUGUGUAAUCACUCAUUGUGCAAGUUGUAUGAGCAACAUAGCUUCCUUACGAUGGCAAAACUUGAUUGAUUUUCUUUAAUAAAUUUCUUUGCUGCAAAUAAAUUGCAUUCAAACAAAUCAUUAUUUCAAUUGAAGUAACUAACCAUACAAAGUUGAUUCUAAACUUAUUGAUACAACAAAUAGUUAUAGGCUGUUCUGCAUAAAAAUGUCCCUUGAAAUAUGAAUUAAUAUGCUGUUCUCCAUCAGUCCUAGUUAGCUAAAUCCAGAGAUUAUUAUAUUCAGAUUAUUUAUCUUCAGGAUUUAUGUAUUUUUACAUUUAAAAAAAAAUAUUUUCAUCUAUUAAAUUAGAUUAAUAAAUGUUUGUUUAGGUAUUUUUUUUCAUUUGUUUAAUUCUUUUCAUUUUUUUUUAUUUUUUAUUCAUUAUAUUAAAGGGGUGUCAUUUUUACUGAUGGUCUUAGCAGUAUUGUAAGUUCAUACUGAAAUGAUAUGUAUCUGUUCUGAUCAUUUAAUCCAAGCCCUUUACCAAAGUAUAUUAUGGAGAACCAAAGACAAAUAGGUGUAAAACCCAGUGUAAGGGUACUUUCUGUCGGGGAUCUAUAUAGCACAAAUAUAUCUAUGCUUUUACUCCAAAAAUUAAUCAUAGAAUUUGAACAGUGCUACAUGUUUUUGAUAAUCAAGUGUAAUGAAUACUCGCUGAUAAAAUAAUGAAACGAUUGAAUAAUCACCCUGUAAUACCAUUAACCAAUGUAGGUCCUCUCAUGUUUAUAUCUUUUGUAUAUCCAGUUGCGAUGUGUGAUUUUAGCCUACCUCUUUGUAAUAAUUUAUGCAUCAAAUCUAACUUACACAUGAUAAAUAUCGGCCAGCUAUACAGAAGUUUGGCUUGGUGGUAUUGAAAGAGGCAAUUUUGGCUGACGUUUAUUUUAUACUUUUGUAUGCAAAGGGAAAAGAUUAAUUUGCAUCUUGCAUUUACCGUGUUAUCCAAUAAUUUGUGUGAAUUGGAGAAGAAAAGGGAUGAUAUGCAAUGCAAUUGUAGUUAAGAGAAAGAGUUAGGAGUACUUUAGGCCAAUAUUAUUGCUCUAAAUAAGUCUUUACUCAAUUUAGGGAUAAUGAAUUUUAUAAGGUCUUGAAGACAACAAGAAGACACUUGUCGAAAUUGGGUGUCAGGACCAACACUUGCCCAAGAAAGAUACAUGGUGUACCAUGACACCUCCUACACUAAGGUCCUACAUGUAAUGUAAAAUGGGUACUGAAUACUAGAAUUCCCUUAGAAAAAUGUAAUCUCGAGUGAUGAAUUAGUUUACAGAAGAAUCGAAAGCUUUCUUCUUUGGGAUCUGGAAAUGAUUUGGGUUCCUAUUCAUGGUUUGAAAUGUGAUCUAUUUCCUCCACUCUUCCUUUCGAUUUAGUCCAUCUUAGUAAGAUCAGGUGGGUUUUUCUAAAGCUCUUCAUAAAUUAUGAGUGACUGUAAGAAUGACUGGUGAUCUUUUCUUCAGAACUGAAUAACACCAAUGGAAGUUUGGUGUGUAUCAUUCAUCACAAGAAAGGAUCAACAGUUGUUUGUUAAUUUGCUUGUAACUUACAAACAGCUUUAUGAAACACCCAUGUGGACUAAGACAAACAAAAAGACACAAGAAAAAUUCCCGGAAUGUGUGUGAGAGAAGUAAAUCUAUUGCUGGUAUGUCUUACCAGUCAUAUUGGUCGUACAGUAUCCAACAGAAGCGAGUACAUGUACCCCUCAUGGAUAGGUUGACUAGUAUCCAAGUCAUUUGGAAGCGUAUUGAGAUGUUGUAUCAUUAUGCACUAUACAAAAACUGUAUAUCAUUAUUGCUGCUAUAUGCAUAGCUUUGUAUGCAGCCUGAUUCGGAACAAAUGCUUCAUGGUCGUGAUAAAUGAGGUAUCAUGUCAUGUUGUCUCAAUUCAUGAAACCGUAAAUCAAAUGAGAGAUUUAAAUAUAAUUCAAUACUUAAAGUUUCAUUAUGAUUCUACGAAGUAUAGCCUAAUCUGAGGAAUCUUGUUGCGCCCACCUUUUCCUUUCCGUAUGUAGAAGGUAUUUUUCCCCUCGUAAGCGAUUAGGACGAGCCUUUUUGUCACUUGGAAAACUGAUGAAUGAGCAUGCUUGUUGUGCUUAUGUACACAGUGGUGCUCAUUUGCAUUUGAAUGGCAAGCUUUUGUUGCUUUGAAUUUGUGGCAUUUUGAUCGGUAGCAGGUGUGCGACCCAUACAUGAUUCCAAACAAUUAGGCUUACAAAGUAGAAUUGUUACUUGAGUUAAAGAAAGUAUUUUGGUGGAGAGCUACACUAUUUAGUCUCGCGUUUUUAUAGGUGGUGGUUUCACUUCUGUUGGAUAAUGUAUGUAGGAUCAGAGCGAAUGCUAGAUGGAUACAGACUCCUUUGAUGAAAGCGUGCAAGGAUAACCUUGUCUAGAGUAGGGCUGCACAUUAUUGCAUAUAUCAGUACCUGAAUACCUGACAUCUGUAAUAUGUUGAUAUAGUGAUUGAAAGGCAAGGGCGUAGGUGGGGGGUGCACUGUGUGCAUGUGCAUCCUCCCGCUGAGGCAGAGGAGUUACAACAAUGACAAGCAAAAUGAAAUUUGUACCCUUUCUUCUGCUUUCAACUGCUGAUUUUCCAGUGCACCCCCAUACCACUUUAGUUUCCCCAGGAUGUGCACCUCCCUAUGCUCAAACCAGCCUACACCCUUGAAAGGCCCCCUUGAAUAAUUGUCAGACAUCCUCAAACAAUGUUCACAUGCCACUUUUUCUUCAACACAACAGGUGUGUAGAUUAGGAGAAGAUAUUGUUGAAGAUCAACAUGUUCAUGGCCAUUUCCCUCGGAGUUAUGAUUUGAUUUAUUACCGUUUGAUGAACAGUUACCUAUCGUUGAGCCCUCCACAUGCAGGAUGACAUCACUCGGAACGCUCUUGAAAACGCAAGUUGUAUUUCUGUUAAUUUUUUUCUCAAGACCCACAUGUCGAUCAAAGUUUUAAUCAGGGUCUGUGGCUGCAGACUAAUGUACAGUGGACCCAAUAUCAUUUAUUCAAAAUCAAGUAUUUUGAUAUUGUCAUAUUGUGCAGCCCUUGUGUAGACUUCCAGUAUAAGUCAUGUGCUUGUUUAAUAUUAAAGGUGAACUUUCACAAACAAUCAAAUCGACUUUGCCCUUCAAUCCGAACAUGGUAAAUAUAACUGACCAAUUAAUUUUUUUAACAUGAAAAUAUCUGAUGGAAGUUAUCUUAUUCUUUCUGUACCUGCAAAAAAAAAUUAUCACUGAAUUUAUGUUCAGUAUGAAUAAAUUUGUAUAUCAAUAUUCAUUGAAGAAUAUUUUUUAGCAUUCUUUAUAAAAAUAUUUCUAUGAUUAAUUGAGAACUCCGUGAUUGGUGAAAUUUCAGAAUUUUUUGUAAGGUUUGUAAGGUAUUUAUAGCAUUUUUACUAGACUGAUGAACUUUAAUACAAGGAAUGUAAAAUAUUUUGUAUCUAUAAUUGCCUGUCUCCAAUGCCCAGUUUGAAAUAGUCUACAUGAUAUCCUUCGUUUAUAUUUCUCCUUGCCCUCAUUCUAUAAAACAAAAGCAAUAUCACAGUUUGCCUGCUUGAUCACAGAACUUUGAAUAUUUGAUAAUAAGAUUUGAAGCUGGAAUUCAAAUUUUGAUUGUUUAAAGAUUUGUCGAGUGCGUGUUCGUUCCAGCUGUUCAUCGAUUCGAGCAAAUUUAGGAUGGAAAAUAGAAAACAUCCCUUCCCCUUAUUCCCUUAAUAAACAUCUGUGCCUCUAAUCCCUGAUUUCUGUUCAUUCUACUUUUUCAUAUUCAUUCAUAUGCAUAUUGUAUUAAUCUGGGAGGGGGGUGUUUCACAAAGAUUUAAGUGUAGCUUAGAUUCAUGCUUAAAUUUGUCGACAUGCAAGUGAUAUGUAGCGCGCAAUCUUAUUGAUUAAUGCACGGUAGAGCUUCCUCACAGUGCGGCGAUGCAUUAUAUACUGUGCAUAAAUGGAAUUUACUGAAAUC